UUUCCCUAGAGUGUAUGUGUAUGUGUCUUACUCUGUGACUCGGGGUUCAGCCAGGUUUGGUGGGCACAUAGCAGAGGCAGCUGGGCUCUCCCUACCAGCCCCUAAAAUACAAGCCUGGCUUCCUGGAGACCAAAACCACAAGUAGAGCACAGAGGCGUGAGAGACACUCACAGGCUGGGUUUGGCCGCAUGCGUGCAACAGUGCUUUCUCUGGCAGAGAGGAAGAUACAAACAGGAGCAGCGAAGGGCACAGCGAGAGUGAGGGGCACUCAGCGGCCAUGGCCACUUCCUGGCCCUAGGAUGGUGCUUCCCACUGGCAGACGCGCAUAGCAGUCAGAGAUGGCACCAGACAUGUGGUCCUUCUUCGUAAUCGCUGGAUUGCUGACGGCAGCCCUCUCAGGUCACCCGUCACCAGCCCCAUCUGGUCAGCCCAACACCAGCAAUGCAGAGAGCCAGCCCUUGGAGCCAGGGAAUCAGCUCAGGGUCCGCCUGGUGAACGGGAGCAGCCGCUGCAGCGGGACGGUGGAAGUUCGGCGCAGGCAGACCUGGGAGCCCACGUGCGGGGCAUUCUGGAACAGCCACGCCGCAGAGGCGGUGUGCCGCGCGCUCGGAUGCGGUGGGGCAGUGAGCGUGCCGGUCCAGCCCAUCCCGCCCAGGUUGGAGAUGCCACAGGAUUGGGCCACUGGGAACGCCAGUGGGGCCCAGAACGGCACGCAGGCCCUGGCACCCAUCAUCAUGUGCACAGGUGAUGAGUGGCAGCUCUGCGAGGUGGAGGAGCACCCGUGCAUCAGCGACCAGAGGCACGUUCAGGUCACCUGUGCAGAGAAUCGUGCACUGCGGUUGGUGGAUGGAGGCAGCCCAUGUGCCGGCCGCGUGGAGAUGCUGGAGCAUGGCGAGUGGGGUUCAGUGUGCGACGACACGUGGGACCUGGAGGAUGCCCACGUGGUGUGCCGGCAGCUGAGCUGCGGCUGGGCGGUCCAGGCCCUGCCUGGCUUGCACUUCGCCCCUGGCCGAGGACUCAUCCACCGGGACCAGGUGAACUGUUCUGGGGCAGAGGACCACCUGUGGGACUGCCCCGGGCUGCAUGGAGACCGCUACUGUGGCCACAAGGAGGACGCCGGAGUGGUGUGCUCAGAGCACCAGACCUUGCGCCUGACCGGGGGCUCUGACCCCUGUGAGGGGCAGGUGGAGGUAUACUUCCGUGGGGUCUGGAGCACAGUGUGUGACAGUGAGUGGUACAAGUCGGAGGCCCAGGUGCUCUGCCGGGCCUUGGGCUGUGGGACCAUGGCCAGAAUACCCAAGGGGCUGCCCCACUCCCUGUCAGGCAGGAUGUACUACUCAUGCAAGGGAGGGGAGCUCACCCUCUCGGACUGUUCCUGGCGGUUCAACAACUCCAACCUCUGCAGCCAGUCAAAGGCAGCCUGGGUCGUCUGCUCAGGUUCCCGGAGUCUGCUCAAUCUGUCCACUCCUGAAGUUCCUGCAAGUAUUCAGCCAGUCACCACAGAACCUUCUGUGACAGUGAAAAUGGAGGACUGGCGAUCUCGGGAGUUCACGCUCCUUAUCCUUUGCAUCACUCUGGGAAUUCUCCUCCUUGGCUCACUCAUCAUCAUCACCAUCAUCCUCUUGAAAAUUAAAGGAAAAUAUGCCCUCCCCGUUCCGGUGAACCACCAGCAUCUACCCACCACUACCCCAGCAGGGAUCAAUAGCUAUCAAGAGGUCCCCAUCACCAUCCCCAAAGAAGAAGUUCCCAAGUUGCCAAUCCAGGUGCAGGCCCCGCCCCCCCAGGACUCGGACUCAGGCUCGGACUCGGACUAUGAACACUAUGACUUCAGCGCCCAGCCUCCCGUGGCCCUGACCACCUUCUACAACUCCCAGCGGCACCGAGUCACAGAUGAGGACGUCCAGCAGAACAGGUUCCGGAUGCCCGCCUUGGAGGAAGAUCCCCCCGCCCGGGACCCUCAGCAGCACACAAGGAACAACAGUGGGUCUAGUACGUCGUCUGGGGAGAACUACUGCAACAGUCCCAACAGCAGCCUACCUCCAUGUAACCCUAAGGGGUUUUCUUCAGCGAGGUACGCCUUCCUGGAGCAGCCCCCAAACUUGGAGCUGGCUGGUUCCCAGGCAACUUUUUCAGCAGGGCCCUCGGCGGAUGACAGCUCCAGCACCUCAUCCGGAGAGUGGUACCAGAACUUCAAGCCACCGCCCCAGCCGCCUUCCAUGGAGCAGUUUGGGUGUCCAGGCUCCAUCACUCCCCAUCCUGAUUCCUCCGACUACGACGAUUAUGAUGACAUCGGAGCGGCCUAGACGCGGCCCAGCGAGGCUCCAGGCCGGUCCUUACCACUGGACUCCUGCUCUACCUGCUCCCGUCCCACCCUGUCCUCACAGAUCAUUCCCCAGGGGGCUGAGAGGCCCCCCUGGAGAGACGAAAGGAAACUCCACACCCUGUAGCACCCAGUCUCCAUCCAUCAAACAGAACCUCCACCCGCCUCAAGAGCAGCAAGGUGGAGGGUGCUGCCUCUGAGGCAGUGAGCUCUGUCUCCGGGCUGAACAAGCAGCAGUCUGCGCCAUCUCUCAGCAGGCUGCAUGGAGGGGUGGACCUGAAUGACUCCUGAGGUCCCUUCCAACCUUCGGGUGCCUGGUGCUUCGGUUCCCUGAAUCUCAGACAGCUUAGGGCCCAGAGGUGCUGAGAGGGGCAGAAAGCAGCCCCACCCCAGUGCUGCCCAGGGGGGCCCCACAUGUGGGGGCUGCUGGGCUGCUGUUGCUCUGCCAGGUGGAUGCGGGGCUUGGGGUGGCACACGGCUGACCCAGCCUUCUCUCAGGGCAGGAAGUCCUUCCCUACCACCAAGGGGCUGGUUGGGGCGUGUGUCUAGAGACCCUGGGAGCCCGCCAGGGGCACAGCCCUGUUCCGUAGUGACUGUCCAUGGACAAUGAAUCCUUAUUCUGAGCUUCCUAGGCUUUAUCUCAGCCCAGCCCCGCCACAGCCCCAGAGGCCGGGCCCAGUCCCUGAGGGGGCAGAAGUGCAAGAGGGGCCCAGAGGCUGCACUAAACCCU